GGCACCGAAGCGAGGGGCAGGCGAUUGCGACAGCGCGCGCUUCCGAGAGAGCUCCAGGCGCCACCUCCGCCUGCCGAGGCGCACAGGAGCCGGGCCCGGGAGGCCCGACGGCGCGGCCGGGAUGUGGGACCCGCAGGAGUUCGAACGCCACUGGCAGGCCGAGUUCCCCGGGGAGGAAGCUCCGGUCAUGAGGCUGGAGUCGGUGCCGGACAUGGAGCGCGAGCUCGAGCGUUGCAAACUCAACCUGAAGCGGCUGCAACAGGUGUUGGCUGAGGAGAAGUUCAAAGUCUGGUACCUGCAGGCGGCCCUGGCUGGAGAGAAGAUGGACUUACCGGGCGGCCGGCCGGAGGGCGGGGACGCCGGAGGCGGCGGAGACAGAGGCGGCGGCGGGGGAGCCUCCGUGGAGGAGCAGGAGCCAGCUGGGCCCUUGCUCGCGCCGCCACCGCGCAAGGAGGAGGAGGGUGCAGCGAGCCGCGAGCCCGAUUCCCCAGGCCCCGCGCGCCCCGGUCCGGAGGUGGUGAUGACAGCCGAGCCAUCCCCCUACGUGUGCCUGGACCUUCCUGCCUGGCCCGGGGUGGUGGAGGGUGGAGGCGCCGUGCGCAGCCUGACUGCCGCCAUCCACCAGCAGCUGGUGCAGCCUCGCCUGCUCUUCGGGCUCCGGGAGGACUGUGCGUCCCCCGGCCACGAUGGCACCGGGUCCUCCGCACCCGGAGAGGAGCAGUCCUCCGGGACCCGUGCAGGGCGGGGCUCGGAGGAGGGCGAACCGGACGCUUCAGGUGGGGAUGACGGAGGCGACGGCAGUGACCACGACUUCGAGAUGGUGGAUUUGAAUGAGAAAUUCGUCCUCGGCCAUCUACUUGUGGCCCCCUACCGGUUUGGGACCCGCGACGAGGCCGAGAAGCCGGCGCGGCCGUGCAGCCCCCACCGCUGGAUGCACCUGAUCGCCGGAGGCUGGCGGCACCACCGGCGGAGUCGAGACCUGGAGCAGCUGGAGGCGGAGGAUGAGCCCCCCAAGCGCGGGGCGCGGGAGCAUCUCGCCCAAUGGGGGCGCAAGAGGUUCCUGCGCGUGCCGGACCGAGACUCGCCCAGUCACAGCUCGCCCGAGAGAGGCAGUGACUGCAGCCACAACAGCUCAGACCACGAAGACGGCUUUUCCGCAGACUUCAGCUAUGGGGCCGAGGACUACGACGCAGAGGGGCAUGAGGAGCAGAAGGGGCCCCCCGAGGGCUCGGAGACCAUGCCAUACAUCGACGAGUCACCCACCAUGUCGCCCCAGCUCAGCGCCCGCAGCCAGGGCGGUGGGGACAGCAUCUCACCCACCCCACCUGAGGGGUUGGCACCUGGGGUGGAGGCAGGGAAGGGCCUGGAGAUGAGGAAGCUAGUUCUGUCAGGCUUUCUGGCCAGUGAAGAAAUCUACAUCAACCAGCUGGAAGCCCUGUUGCUGCCCAUGAAACCCCUGAAGGCCACAGCCACCACCUCCCAGCCCGUGCUCACCAUCCAGCAGAUCGAGACCAUCUUCUACAAGAUCCAGGAUAUUUACGAGAUCCACAAGGAGUUCUACGACAACCUCUGCCCCAAGGUGCAGCAAUGGGACAGCCAAGUCACCAUGGGCCACCUUUUCCAGAAGCUGGCCAGCCAGCUUGGCGUGUACAAAGCCUUUGUGGAUAACUAUAAAGUCGCUCUGGAGACCGCCGAGAAGUGCAGCCAGUCCAACAACCAGUUCCAGAAGAUCUCUGAGGAACUCAAAGUGAAAGGUCCCAAGGACUCUAAGGACAGCCAUACGUCAGUCACCAUGGAAGCUCUGCUCUACAAGCCUAUUGACCGAGUCACUCGGAGCACCCUGGUCCUACACGAUCUGUUGAAGCACACACCUGUGGACCACCCAGACUACCCACUGCUCCAGGAUGCCCUCCGAAUCUCCCAGAAUUUCCUGUCUAGCAUCAAUGAGGACAUUGAUCCCCGCCGGACUGCAGUCACAACCCCCAAGGGGGAGACUCGGCAGCUGGUGAAGGAUGGCUUCCUGGUAGAAAUGUCUGAGAGCUCCCGGAAGCUGCGGCACGUCUUUCUCUUCACAGAUGUCCUACUGUGUGCCAAGCUGAAGAAGACCUCUGCAGGAAAGCAUCAGCAAUAUGACUGUAAGUGGUACAUCCCCCUGGCAGACUUAGUGUUCCCAUCCCCUGAGGAGUCAGAGGCCAGUCCCCAGGUGCACCCCUUCCCAGACCACGAGCUAGAGGACAUGAAAAUGAAGAUCUCUGCCCUCAAGAGUGAGAUCCAGAAGGAGAAGGCCAACAAGGGACAGAGCCGAGCCAUUGAGCGCCUCAAAAAGAAGAUGUUCGAGAACGAGUUCUUGCUGCUGCUCAAUUCCCCCACAAUCCCGUUCCGGAUACACAAUCGGAAUGGAAAGAGUUACCUGUUUCUCCUGUCCUCUGACUAUGAGAGGUCGGAGUGGAGAGAAGCAAUCCAGAAGCUACAGAAGAAAGAUCUCCAGGCCUUUGUCCUGAGCUCUGUGGAGCUCCAGGUGCUCACGGGAUCCUGUUUCAAGCUUAGGACUGUGCACAACAUUCCUGUCACCAGCAAUAAAGAUGACGACGAGUCUCCAGGACUGUAUGGUUUCCUUCACGUCAUCGUCCACUCCGCCAAGGGGUUUAAACAAUCAGCCAAUCUGUACUGUACUCUGGAGGUGGAUUCCUUUGGCUAUUUUGUCAGCAAAGCUAAAACCAGGGUGUUUCGGGACACGACAGAGCCCAAGUGGGAUGAGGAGUUUGAGAUUGAGCUGGAGGGUUCGCAGUCCCUGAGGAUCCUGUGCUAUGAGAAGUGCUAUGACAAGACCAAGGUCAACAAGGACAACAAUGAGAUUGUGGACAAGAUCAUGGGCAAGGGGCAGAUCCAGCUGGAUCCACAGACUGUAGAAACCAAGAACUGGCAUACAGAUGUGAUUGAAAUGAAUGGGAUCAAAGUGGAAUUCUCCAUGAAAUUUACCAGCCGUGACAUGAGCCUGAAGAGGACCCCAUCCAAGAAGCAAACCGGCGUCUUCGGAGUGAAGAUCAGCGUGGUGACCAAGCGAGAGCGCUCCAAGGUGCCCUACAUCGUACGGCAGUGCGUAGAAGAGGUGGAGAAGAGGGGCAUUGAAGAGGUUGGCAUCUACAGGAUAUCAGGGGUGGCCACGGACAUCCAGGCACUGAAGGCUGUCUUUGAUGCCAAUAACAAGGACAUCCUGCUGAUGCUGAGCGACAUGGACAUCAACGCCAUCGCUGGCACCCUCAAGCUCUACUUCCGGGAACUGCCGGAGCCUCUCCUCACAGACCGACUUUACCCAGCCUUCAUGGAGGGCAUCGCCCUGUCAGACCCUGCUGCCAAGGAGAACUGCAUGAUGCACCUACUCCGCUCCCUGCCCGACCCCAACCUCAUCACCUUCCUUUUCCUGCUGGAACACUUGAAAAGGGUUGCUGAGAAGGAACCUAUCAACAAGAUGUCGCUUCACAACCUGGCCACUGUGUUCGGCCCCACGUUACUGAGACCCUCAGAAGUGGAGAGCAAAGCACAUCUCACAUCAGCUGCAGACAUCUGGUCCCAUGACGUCAUGGCCCAGGUCCAGGUCCUACUUUACUACCUGCAUCAUCCCCCCAUUUCCUUCGCAGAACUGAAGCGGAACACACUGUACUUCUCCACAGAUGUGUAGCCGGAGGCGGGCAGCUGUGGGGGUGGCCAGAGGCAGCCCUCCAGCCAGGGCCCAACAUAGACUUGAAAAGACUGCAACUGAAACUCCCCAGCCUAGCCCUCCGGAGCCCAGGGGAAGCCACCUUCCGAGAACUGCAACUUGUGCAUCUUUUGUGCCACCUUGUACAAAGCCAGCUGACCAGCCCCGAGCCUCCUCAGCACCCCGCAGCUCCUGCCCUCUGUACCUGUGCGUGUGUCUGAUGCUCCGUGCUGUCUAAGAAGUGUUCUAUGUAUAUUUGUCAUGCAGAAAGGGUAGUGGCUGAGCCGGUGUGGGCACAGACGGCCUGCUUUGUUCUUUCAUUUCUUCAACGCUUUCUUUCUGCCUGAGUCCAGUCUGGGGACUUUUAUUUUGCGCUGUGUAACUGCUGCCGGCUUCUCCUAUCCUGGCCCUGCUCCCAGACUGCAGCCUCCCUGCAGUGUCUCUGCCCUCUCCAUCUUCCCAGCCUGCUGCAUGCAUGUGCAGCGUGGGGUUUUGCUCCAUCACUGGAAAGUUCUGCAGAGGCCCCGGGCAGUGGUGGCCUGUCCCGUGUGCUGUGUGCCACCCUUGGCCUCACACCUGCUUUCCUUGCUGUCUGUGCAGACGCUGAACAAGGAGACAGACACACACUGAUUCUCAGCUUAGCACAGAGCUGGAGAGCUGAUUUCUGGAAUGUUCUAUUUGAGAAUUACCCUUUCUGGGGUUUGUCUGUUCUAUUUGCUGCCUACCAUGAGGCAUCUUCAACUGUUUCUCCUACUGCUGAGUUUCCUGUUCCUUUUCCCCUGGUGUUGUUUUGAGUGUGACGACUCACAAGUGUCCUGCUAUCAGGAGAGGUCAGGAAUGCUGCACCUGAGGGCGUGGUGGGCACCCAGGCUGUGAAGGAACAAGAUGGAUGGAGCAGGCAGCAGGGGCGAGUCGAGGGAAGCCAGUCUUCACAGUAAAGACCCAUGGAGGUUGUUGUAGUGGAGCAUGACCUCCUGGAGGGCAACUUCUGUGGCUGAAUCAGGUGUCCAGAUGAAAGCAGGCUCUGUCCUGGAACCUGGAACCUCAUAUACCUCGUGGUACUUUUGCCUUAGAUUUUACACUCUCAACAGCCAAGCACUGCCACGGGGCAGCCACAUUGCCAUGCAUGCUCCAGAGCCUGGGAACAGAAGGCACAGCCCAGCUGGAAUGGUCUUGCCCUGGCACUGCCCCAGCUCCUAAAUCCAGCCCUGUGGGUAAUCCCAAGCUUUCUAGAAGUUGGAGGACAGGCUGUCGCCCUCGUGUGUCUGCUGGGGCUCCAGAUGAUGGGGUCAGCAGGUGUCAUUUCCAACUCUGCAACUUACUGCUUGGUACUAGAAGGAGAUUUAUUCCCAAAGCACCGUUUCCAGUCCGAUGGCAAUUAGCAGGGAAAGGUGCUCCUGUCAUAGGAGCCUGAGCUACCACACAGCUUCCUGUAUCUUCUAUGUGGCAGAGUUGAUUCCUGGCCCUCAGGAUUGGGGAGACCAGCCCUCAUUGUGUGUGCUCAGGGCUAAGUCUAAAGAUGGGUUUGCUGGCCCCCAAGCUAUUGUGUCUGCUAGGUGGGAGGCAGGGCUCUUUCAGGUCCUAUCCAUACCUGUUGCCUUUGACAGAACGGUACAGUUUGUGCAUACAGGAGAAAGGAAUGCCAACUUCCCAACUGCCUAUUAGCAGUUUAACAAGGAGCCUUGCUGUCUCAGACAGGUGAAAGAGAAUGCCCAUGAGUGUAGAGGUCACAUCAUCUAGCCACUGUCUUGGCACUCAGGUGCUGAUGUGUGGCAUUCUUGCUUCCAAAGAAUUGACAGUAACAAAUUAUCAAAGCCCAUCAAAACAGUGCCUCCUGUCUCUUCAAAACAAGGAAUGUUGGCUUCUAUGCAUUAGCUACUGCAGUCCCCUGGUUGCUUAGGCAAUAUAACAGCAGGAAGGCUGGAAGAGGAACUGAGAAUUAUUAAUGGUUUCUAUUAUUUAUAAAUUCCACCCCAAGUGGGGCACCAAGGAAGUAUCUGGUGUUUCUCCUGAGACAGGGGCCAUGCAGCCCAGAACCCCAUCACUGCCAGCAAGGCACCGGGAGACAGGGUCCAGGAAUCCCAGGCAUGCCUGCACUUGCUUGGGCAGUGAAUGAGGGCUGCCAGCGUUUGCUGACGAGGUAGGAUGGAACCCCUAAUAAGUUGGUAUGGAUAUAUUUUUUUUGUCUCUGUUCUGUUUAAACUUAAUGUAGAUUAUUAUAAAUUGAUGUAAACCAUGUGAGAGGGAAAUGUUAAUAAAAAAAAUGCAAAGCCCCAACAUUUGCACAAAACUCA